AUGGAAGCUGCUACGGGAGCAUCACGAAGUGAACUUCUAGAAUGGAUUAACAGUACUCUUCAUCUUAAUCUUCACAAGAUUGAAGAAACUGCGUCUGGCGCUGUGGCUUGCCAGAUCAUCAAUUUAAUUUUCCCAGACACCGUUCCUAUACAACGAGUCAAUACUGCAGCAAAGGAUCCUUAUGAAUAUUCGAAGAAUUAUAAGAUUCUUCAAGCUGCCUUCGUUAAGAACAAAAUUGAAAAAAAUAUCGAUGUUGAAAAGCUAAUGAAGGGACGUCCUCAGGAUAAUCUGGAGUUCAUGCAAUGGUUGAAGCGUUUCUACGAUUUACACCAAAAUGGCAUGGAAAAGAGGAGUUCAUCCCAUCGCUCCUAUCAUUCGGUUGCGUCCAGCAGCCCUUCUUCUCAGGGCGAGGCGAUGAACUCUCCAUCAUGUUCCUUGUUUGUUUGA